AUGAUUUCCCUGGAUGAACCCAUUGUUUCCGACACCUUAGCUGUUCUACAAUGCUUCACGGCAGUCCUGCUAUUAUUUAUGGCCAUUGGAAUCGUCGAUUUGGGACUUUGGAACCGAAUUUUAUUUCGAUUUUCGGCCCUACAACGCAAAAUUAGUGCAAAAACUGAAGAGCUGAAACGAGAACAAGAGGCCUUGGCGAAAAUCCCAAUGAUGAAGGAAUUUGCGGCCUACGCCAAGAAGAAACGAAUCGUCGAUAAGCUGGAGGAAGAGCUGAAGGAUCUUUGUAAGUUUUUGAAGGGAUUUUGUUGUCAUGGAUAAUAUAAUUCAUCGGGAAAAUUUGUUUUUUAUGCGGGUUUUUGAGUUGUAAAUGGUGUAAAAAUUGAUUCUGAAAAGCACGGCAGGUGGGUUUUCUUUUUGAGUUAUAUUUUUGCCGAAAAUUCGAAAUUUUUUGAAUUUUGCACGGUGCGCUGAUUUUAUUUUGCACAGUGCGGAAAAUUGGGUUUAGUGGGUACCAAAAAAAUGUCAGAAAUUGAAUACUCGUAGUAUUUUUCACUGAACGGAUUUAUUUUUGCAAUUUUACGACCGACGGUUUUUGCACUGUGUUAAAUUUUCAAAAUCCGCACAGUGCGUUAAAUUUAAUUUUUUUUAACUUCUCAACAAUUUUCAGUGAAGUCCCGCUCACAGAACAAAAUGACCGGCGCCUUUGUAUGGAAUCUGGGCGGCAGAUCAGUGUGUCUUUUUCUCGCAACUCACCUGGCGAAACAGUCAGCUGACCUGGUUAUAGCAACCAUUCCGGCUCAAGCCUUGACCCCUUUCAAUGCACUUUUGGCAUACCCCAACUCCACGCAGGAAGAAAGUAAGCAGUAAUGGGCUUGGAACUGCAGUAUAAAAAUGCAAUUGAGAAAAAAACUACAAGUGUUCCCUGCACGCCGAACCGAAAUGGUUGAUAGAAAUGGAAAACUAGUUUUCGAGUCUUGGCACGAAAACAAAAGAAUUUUUUAAAUUAUUUUUUGAGGUGGGCUUUUGGCACUUUUGGCAUUUCGAUUUUUGAUGUAUAUAUACGGUAUCUUACACCGAGUCGACUAACUGUUGACGUAAACGUGAUGCUGAGAUAAUUUGGAAUCGUUUGAUAUAAAUUUCGGUCCUAUUAUACAACGUAAAUGGUAAUUUGUUGUUUUAGUGGUGCACAAUGUCGGAAUGCGCAUUCUUGAACUCCGAAUACGGCUUUAGGGUGUUGCAUAACAACAUACUGGCAUAAUAAUAACGUAUAAUUGUCCCUUCCUCCAAUUAUGGACAAUUUCAACUAAUAUUACACUAGGCACCGAAAGAAAGCUAGUAAAUAUUGCUAAUGAUAUUCUAAUCCAUCUAACACAACGUUACAUAACCUAUGAACGAUGUUAUGUCGCAAUAGUUCCAUGUCCCAACGUAAAAUCAGUAAAAUCGAAACGUUUUUAUUAAAUUGUUACCUAAAUUAAUAUAAAAGUUUGGUGUAGGCAGAAGAGAAAAAAUAUAUGAGCUGAUUCCGUCGAGAAUACUAAAAUACGCUCAGAAAAGUCGCAUCCAACCCAAAUUGAUGUAUUAUGGAUUCCAAAUGUGACAAAUAUUGUCAAAAUAGAUCAAAUCCCUUAAAAUUUUAGCUAAAAAAGAAGUUUUCAGAAUGGAGAAAAUAGAUUGAGCAGCGAAAAUUUGAUGAGACGUGCAGAAAGGUCUCAUAAACAAAAUUGUCUAUCCUUUUCCCCAAAUUUGGACUAAAAUCCCGUUUCCGAGUCGAUUCUUCAUCGGAUGGUCGACACCUAAAUUUCGAAAGAACGAAAAAAAACGUAAAAAACACUUACAUAUAUCCAAGAGAUCCCUUUCAUCACCUAAAGCAACCUAUUCUCCAACUUCUGAAGCCAUCCCCGUAUUUUUACGCCUUCUGCAAAAAGGAUCACACUCGUUUCUGCAAAUUUAUUUUACAUCUGUCUACAAAGUUUUCCCUGUUGCAGAAUGCCAACCAUUUCUAUCAACCAAAAAAAGCCUAUCUCGGUUCGGCGUGUCCCUGAUUUUCAGGGAUUUCGUCGCGGGACUAAAAUUGAGAACUGCAAAUCCAUGUGUUUGGAGUUCGUGCCUUGAGGGGAUUCAAUGAAAAUCCGAAAGUGAAACAUUCUGGAUUCACAGAGCGUGUCCAUGGCAGACAUGGCAGGGGGGCCGGGCCGGCCCGGCCCGGCCAGGCCCCCAUUUUUUGCUCAAAACAGAAUGCCAAAAAAAUUGGCACCCCAAUUUUUCGUUGAAAGAAAUUUUUUUUUUGAAGGGGCCGGGCCCAAAUUUUUUCAGGCCCCACGGCCCGGCCCGAAAACCAAACCCAGGCCCCACGGCCCGGCCCCCGAGACGUUGGGCCCGGCCCGGCCCUUUUCAAAAUUUCCAAAGCCCGGCAAAAAAAAAUAUUGCCAAAAUGGCGGGAAACAGUGUUUUUAAUCGAGUUUGGGCGGAUUUUUGUGUGUUAUGGCUUUUGUAUAUACUCAAGAUGCUAUUCUUUAAAUUUUGUAUUUUUCAUGGCAGGCUGAGGGUGUUUCAUGCUGAAAGCUCUAAUCUGAGAUUUUUAUGCAGAAAGUGGAAUAUCUCACCACGUUGGAACGUGAAAAAUCAAAAAAUAACACGAGGGUGCUGCUCAGGCACUUCUUCAACUAUUCUAAGUAUGGAACCGCCAAGAUCCGUUCAAAGAAAAACUUUCCCUUUUAUUUUGGCAAUAUUUUGGCAUUGUGUUUUCGGCCAAAUUUGACCCCUUAGGGCAAAAACUAACGUCAUAACUUGGCUCGCAGUACUCGAUUUAGUAGAAAUACUUUUUAAAAGUCAAGAAUCGGUCAAUUUAUGCUUGAGAUAUGGUUUCCAAAAUGUGCCCAGUAGUUACUAUAGGGUUGAAAACCCGAUUUUGAAGGUUCAAAAGAGAAGUUUUGGCAAACUAUAAUCUCCAGUAACUUUGGUAGCGGUUGAUGGAUUUGGAUGAAACUUGGCGGAAUUAUGUUUCACGACAUGCAGAUUCUCUGUGCAAAUUUUAAAAUCUUUCCGUCCACGAUACUAUGAAUUACCGUAGUAAAUGGAUUACUGUAGAAAAAUCAAAAUUUUAAUUUUUAGUGGAAAAUGUCCAGCAGUCCUUGGGGAAUGAGAAUAUGUGCGACUUAGAACUAUUUCGGAAGCAUGAUAUUAAUUUUUUGACAAUUUUCCGAGUUUUCCCCGAUAUUAUCCAUGAUGAUUUCGUCCGAGCUAGGAAGAAUUGAGCGGCGUAAAAAGUGUUGACAUGUUGGAAAUGUAAUGAGAAUAUCAGAAACACAAGAAGAUUGACGAUUUAAAAAUAAUAGUUAUGUUUUUUAACAUUUUUGAGAUUUUCGAUGAUUUUUUGAUUUUUUGGAAGGUGGAAAAUUGAAUCACAGGUAAGAAAGUCGUGGAAGUAAAUUGAAAACAUCAGACAGUCCAUUUGAUUGCCAAAUCCAUCUCCAGACUCCAGGAAAAACCGAUGUAAAGCAUUUGAGAGGGUAAAUUAUAUUACCCAUAACAUCUGGAUAAACAUUCUCCAAUUAUUGAUCAUUAUUGGUCAUAAAUUGAUCCUAUAUCGAACCCACUGGCCGCUUGUAUCAAGUAAGACGCCGAAAACUUCGUGGUAACAUCAUAAAACAAAAAAAUAGCAAUUAAAACGCAAAAUUUAGAGUAAUGAAAAAAGGGCCGGGCCGGGCCGGGCCUUAAGACCCCUCAGGGCCGGGCCGGGCCGAAGGUGCCUCGGGGCCGGGCCGGGCCGAAGGUGCCUCGGGGCCGGGCCGGGCCGAAGGUGCCUCGGGGCCGGGCCGGGCCGAAGGUGCCUCGGGGCCGGGCCGGGCUUUGAAAAUUUUGAAAAGGGCCGGGCCGGGCCCAACUUCUAGGGGGCCGGGCCGGGGGCCCGAAGGGUCCCCGGCCCGGCCCGUUUUGCCAUGUCUGGUCCAUGGGUUCAGGUAAAAAAAACAAAAGAAAAUCAACUCAAUUAUGGGUCCCACCACGAAAAUCCUGAAAAUCAGGGGAAAACUUUGAAAGUACAAAAAGAUAAGAACUAAUGUAAUAAAAACACUUUUUAGCCACUCCUGUGUCCUUAUUCGCAUUCUUAAUCCAUUUGACAAUGGUCUCCAAGAUUUUCCAUCAAAGAAUUUUGGCUCCCAAAAAUAACAUCAAAAUCUCUGAUAAGUAA